AUGAGCCAGCCUCCUGGUGUCACUGACCGCCCGAUACGCCGGCGCUUCGCGGCUGACGGCCGCGUCCGCUCGGGCUGCUUGACAUGCAAAGCCCGUAAGAAGAAGUGCGACGGCCAGGCCUCGAGUCUCGACGGCCGUUGUAGAUCCUGUAUCCGCCUUGGGCUAGUCUGCGAGCAGCUUCCUCUGCGGAGAGUUCCUGUUCGCCCGGCGCGGAGGAAAGCCCGAGGAGGUGAGGAUAUCUCCAGUUCGUCCAAGGACGAGAACGAGUCUGCCAGCAAAGCAGUGGGCAACUCAACACAUGGCGACGGUUAUGGUAACGAAGCGGUGCAUGGCACGGGAAUCUUAGCUAGCAGCAGGUCCUGCAUUCUCGACCAUUCGGGCUCCUGGGACAGCAUAGAGCGUGUUUUGUUGAGGUACUUUCUGGACCAUGUCGCGCCCCUCUGCUCAAUCCUACAGCAAGACGGCGGCAGCUUCUGUUCUGUGCUGCUCCCCAUGGCUAUCGUUGAUCCGUCGCUCCUGCAUGCCCUCUUCGCUUAUGCUUCGGUCCAUGUCGACACCGCCACCCCUGCGAUUCCUGUGACGCCUGAGGCUCGCAUAAAUUUCGAAAACCAGGUGACCCGAGGUUUGGCGGAGGCCAUCAAGAACAAUGCCGUCACAGAAAGCACUAUUGCCUGUGCGCUCGUUAUUAGCACCGCUGAAGUCAUUGGCGGUGACACGUCGCGCUGGCUACUCCAUCUACAAGGCGCGGGUCAUCUCAUCAAUCAUAUAGGAACAUCUAGGCUACUCCGCACAUCCGACGGGGAAUUUCUGCUCCGGUACUUUGCCUACCAUGAUAUCAUGGCCUCGCUGAGCACCGGACAUCGCGCCUCGGUCAAUGGCGUAUACUGGGUCCAGGACGUCAACACGACUGUCAACUCAGCUGACUCUUUUAUGGGCGUUGGUCACCACAUCUUUAAGCACCUGACCGAGAUUUCCGCCUUUGUCGCCGAUACAGCUGAUCUCGAUCCUUCAUCAUGCUCUGAUCGCCGGUCGAGAGAAACUCUGCGGGCUGAGGACAUGGCACAGGCCCUUCGCUCGCAAGAUUUGCAUCUCCAGGUGGAUCGAACCGACAACCACAUCAAGGCGCUUAUCCAUCAUGCAGAGGCCUUCCGCUUCGCCUCUCUGUUCUAUCUCUACCGUCAUCUCCUCCGCUUUGGUGAUGCGGGCGCUGUUUAUAGAUUACGCAUGGAGGACUGUGUGCGGCAAAUUCUCCAGUACGUGUCUCAGGUCCCGUCCAAUAUGUUCUGUGAGAUAGGUCUUCUCUUUCCUUUAUUCAUGGCUGGGAUUGGGAGUAGCGACAAUGCUAGCAUGACCCAAUACAUCAAGAAUCGUCUCACAUGUAUCGAGGCCUGGACGAAAUUCAAGCAUGUUGGGAGGGCGCGUGAGCUGCUACAACUGCUUUGGGACAAGGGGCGGACGGACUGGGAACUUAUGCUACGGGAGUUGGAUUGGAACUUAUCUUUCGCCUAA